AAGAGGCUAAUGAAGUGGGCUGGAAGUGGCCCAUUCAUAGCUUUUGAUGUGAAAAUGCAAAUGUCAAUGGCAGGCGACAUUAAAAUCAAACACAAAUAACAUAUUUGGGUCUGACUCCCUAGCUUUUCUCAGGUAGGUGGUCACAACUUUGGAAUUGCAGCUAUUUAGAACUCCCUGUUCUUCUCUGACUCUUAAUAGGACAGUAUAUGUGCCUAGGAUUAUUAAUUGUAACUAUAGAAUCAGCUUUCUUAUACAUACUUGGCUAUGCUAUAUACCAAAUAUGGAGACAUAAUUACUUACAUUAUCAUUUUGACAAGUCACAUUUGAAUUUACAGCUUAGUUAAGUGAGAGAAUUUCUCCCCUCCCAUCCUCAAGCCUGCUGCAUGUUCUGGUUGCAUUCAGUAUUUAUAGAAUGCUGUUUCUCUGCAUAAUCAAGUUGUUUCUGGUUUUAUUUUCCAUCCCUUAUUGAGUCUCACACCAAAAAAGUCUUUUAAAAUUGUACACUCAGUACUAGCACUGAUUUGGAUUCCAUCCCCACAUCCCAUUAUAUUUUUGUGGCAGUAUGCCUUUGGAUAAAACCGCAUAGGUUGCUAAUUGACAUCCUUCCAACUGCUUAUGUUACCUGAGUUAAGUUAUAAUGUAGACAGUUCUUUAGAGACUAUGCCCCCUGUCUUCUAUAGUUUGUGAUCUAUAAUUUCUAAUUCAUACCACAUAUGCUCUUGACAGAUAAGGUCUGUCACGGGAUCAUGUAAAAUAUGAGUCUGAAUAGUCAAGAUGACUUAAUAGCAAGCUUAAAAAUACUUUUUCAUUUAUUUGUUUUGUUACUUUAAGAUAGUGUUAGGUUGAUAAUUUAAAUGCACAAGAGUCAAGAAAUUAAAAAGUUAAGGUUCACUUGGAAAUAUUGCAUGUUAUAGUAACAACUGUCAAAAUUACUAAUGUGUAGUGUAGGAACUUUAACUUCUGAAUUUACUAAGCUUCUACUUCCAUUUUCAACCUUUACAUGCUACCUUGUUUCAAAAUUUAUUUCUGUGUAUAACUUUUUACAUUUAAUCAUCAAAAAAGUUUCCUGUUUUUUUGACCCUUUGUCAGUUAGCUGAAUAGUGUAUAAAUCUUUUAGUUCCUUGAGAUGCGUAAUACAGCCACUAAAACCAUGUGUACGAGCUAUCAAAUGUGGCAUUUGCCUUUCAGUUUCACUGAAAUGUCUUGGAAUUGCUUGAAGACCUUGUGCAUGCAGAUGACUUAUAAACAAAUUUUUAAAAAGAGGGAUUGUGUGCAGCUUUGUUCACAUUUUCAUUUACCUUCUUGGUGUAGGAGAAAACGACUCUUGUAUGAAGAAAGAAAGAACAGUAUGAUGGAUUCAGAAGAUCUAGUCAUAACAAGUUCAAAGCAAGAUAUUGCUCAUCACAUUGUAACAUUUAGCUCGGGUAAACAUUACUUUUGUGGAUAUUGUGCAGCAUUCACCAAUAUAGCAAUCACCUUUCCCAUCCAGAAAGUCCUCUUUCGACAACAACUGUAUGGAGUGAGAAUAAGGGAGGCAGUAUGUCAGCUAAAGAAAGAUGGAAUCCGAAAUCUGUACCGUGGACUCUUCCCUCCACUAAUGCAGAAAACUACAACUCUUGCCUUGAUGUUUGGCUUGUAUGAGGAUUUCUCCUUCCUGCUCCAGAGGCACACAAAUGCAUCAGAACUUGUGACUUGCAGUGUGGCAGCAGUGCUUGCAGGAACCACAGAAGCGCUUCUUACACCUUUUGAGCGGGUCCAGACUUUGCUUCAGGACCACAAACAUCAUGACAGAUUUACAAACACUUACCAGGCUUUCAAGAUGCUAAAAGACUAUGGAAUGAAAGAAUAUUAUCGGGGUUUGAUACCUAUUCUGCUCCGAAAUGGACCGAGUAAUGCACUCUUUUUUGGUCUGCGAGGACCAAUCAAGCAGUGCCUGCCCGAAGCAACUUCUUACAGUGCUCACUUGGUCAAUGACUUUAUCUGUGGAGGGCUGUUGGGUGCCAUGUUGGGAUUCUUAUUUUUCCCAAUGAAUGUUGUAAAAGCCCGCAUGCAGUCCCAAAUUGGAGGGGAAUUUCAGUCUUUUCCAAAAGUGUUCAUGAAGAUUUGGGUGGAACGGGAUAGAAAACUGACACAUCUUUUCAGAGGAGCCCAUCUGAAUUACCACCGCUCUAUUUUAUCCUGGGGCAUAAUCAAUGCAACAUAUGAAUUCUUGCUUAAGUUCUUAUGAAAAAUGUUCUCUUCUGUGAAGUCCCUCCGCUCAGUUGGGUAUUGGCACGUUGAAGUCACUUAUUUCCUCGGAGCAAAUUUGUCAUAAUCAAAUCUGUUCAUGAAGAACAAUUCCAUUUGGAAAGUUUAAUUGCAAAAGGGUGGUUACAUUUCAGGAGGGAAAUAAGUGAUUUUUACCACUGGUUUUGUUUAGUCUGCUUGGUAAUUACUCAGUCAUAUUAAUACUCUUCAGUCUUUAUGGGGUGAAUGUUGGCAAUGUGGCUGGAUCUUAAUUUAAGAAAAAUGGGUUUGCUGGAACACAGGCACAUUCUUUAUUAAAGUAUUUAGGUGCUGGAAGGUGAAAUCACCCAUACCUGAAUAAACUAAUUGAAACUUUACUUUCCAUAUGAAUGUUGGCCUUGGCCUAGAAACUUACUCCAGGUCAUCCUUAGGGAUGUAUGAGUGUAAAUGACUUACCGAUUUAAACCAUAAGUGGAUGCUUGCCGGUUAGUGGUGUCUGUUAAACUCAGCAAAGCCGCCUGCCUGGGAGCCAGGUGGAUAAGGGGUGCCUGCUCCUGGGGAGGUGGCUUUGCUGCGGCAGCAAAGCCUCCUUCCCGAGAGGAGAGCUGGGUUGGCGGCCUGUUCCCAGGGAGGCUUCACUGUGGGCUCUGCAGUAUAAAGCUAAGCCUUAUGCCAUAGAGCCCGCAGUGUGGGUAACGGUGGCACUGCUGAGAUUUUCAGCAGUGACACGGUUACUCUGUUACACAAUUUUUAACAUCCCUCAUCAAACGUUCCUAACACUCCUGGUGACCAGAAUUCUGCUUGAUUGUGCACUUUGUGAAAUACCCAAGUAAGGGAGCCUGACAAAAGCGGUUUAGUUUCCCUGCUUUGAUACACUUGGAGGGACUGAUGCAGUUGUUAGACACAUACUCUGAACUCCUAUAACGUUUCAAGUUUCCUAGGCAUCAUUACUGUUUGAAACCAGACUGCCAGCUUUUACUGGGGAUGAUGUUAUUUUUCAACUAAGCCUUAAGAUUCAACAAAGCCUACAUCAAUGAUUUUUCCCAGCUGGCUUUUGCUUUCUAAUAUGAGUGCCAUUUUGUGAAGCAACAUAAGGUAACUACUACAGUUACAUCUGCAAUGCACUUCUGUUGGUCAAGUGGGUGAAACAUCCCUGACCAAGAAAAGUUUUGCUGACAAAAAGCACGGGACUGUCUCCCACCGACAAAACUACUGCCAUUUGUUAGUGGUGGUUUUAUUUUGCCAGGAAAGCUCUCUGCUGGCGGUAGAGUGGCACAGCAGUUUUGCUGUAAGGUAUGCAGUGAAGAUGUAGCUUAAAUUUUCAACUUCAGCAUAAGCUGAUCUAGUGCAAAGUAGAAGUAGGUGAAAAAGGACUAGUGGGGGGGGGGGUGAGGAAUUAAAGAAAUUCUAUUUUAAAAAGCUUUAAAGUGUCCUUGAUGUUACAAUAUCACCUAUUUGUGACUGUGGAUUAUUUUAUUUUGUCUCUGGUGCUGCUUGGUUUCUGUUACAAACAGGCAUGGUGCCACAAAGAAGACGCAGUUCCGCAAAUAUUGACACAUACGGCAGUAGCAGGAAAACAGAUAGGAGUCCAAUACUCUGUAGACAGCUUUUGUUGUAUUAAGGUAACUUGUGUCCUUUUGCAAUGAUUUGUACUUUCUUCAUGAGAGGUCAUAGCGUAACUGAACAGUCUUAGUCAGUGUUUUUAGUGAUAUGCUCUACCCUCCAUUGUACAGGCUAUAUCACUGUAGUGGAAAAGGCACUCCAAUACUAUGGCAAGAAGGGCCAUAGAAACGCCAGGUAUGGGGGUUUCUCCGUGAUCAUUUAAUCAUGUUAAUAAACACUCACAUAAAUAUUAAAAGUAAUGUUGUCCUUGGUAUUCAGGUGGACGUGCUUUCAAGCCUCGAAGAAGGAACGAGAGCAGGAACACAAGUAUCAUUACCAAACUAGUGGUCUUUGUAUCAAAAGUGAUUUUUUUUAUAUUUCUAUGCAAAAUGGGUUGAGUAUUUUCAUACUUGGUGGUAUGCAGGAAAGCAUUCAGAAAUUGUUUUGGAUGGAUUGUUUCUUUACACUUUAGCGCAAAUAUUUACUUUAUGCAUCAUUAAGCUUUUGAAUGCUUAUGGUUUUUACUUUACCUCAUUUUGAUUUUUCACUUGACAUAACUGCACCUGAAUAAUUACUCCCAAACAAUAUAUCCUAUUUCUUUAUAAUCUAUAGCUAUAUGCUACUAAGCUUCACAGUCAAAGAUGGCCAAACACAAAUAAAGCACAUUGAUUCUUUGAAUGUUGUGAUUAGAUAGAUUUAAAUAUACUGUCUGUUGAAUGUUUAUUGGUGGAAUCUGAUUUUACCAGUGUGUUAUUUUUGUAACCUUUCCUUGAUGGAAUAAAACAAAAGUAAAUCUGUUUCCCUAGCCUUAAUUUUUUGUAGCACAUACUUCAUACUUGUAUUUUUAGUCUGUAGUCCCCAGGGGCAGGGCCAGCAGCCACUGCACU